AUGGAAACGGUCAAGUCCUUGUGCUUUGGAAGUCUGAACGGGCUCUACCUGGGACAAUGUGCUGUAGGCAUCAAGCAGGAAACGGAGAAGGUGGAGAGCGAGCGCCAGGCUUUGCAGAGCAUUCAGCAUGAGGCAGAGGAGUGUGAGAAGACGAAAGCCAAGAAGAAGGCCGAGUGCUUCUCAGGGCAGGGCCAGUUCUGGCACAAGUAUACCUCCGACUUGAAGGCCGAAGGCUGCAUUCGCCAGAAAUGGGAAGUGAUUGCCUCUCUUGCAUUGCCUGAGAUCGAGCUCAGCGAAGUCCAGGAGCUCCUACCCAGAUGCCUGGCUUCAAUGCCCUGGACUUCACGCGGCGAUCUCGUGGUGCCUGGCGGUGGAGAGAAGCUGAACGUGGCGGUGGGCCACCACUGCCAGCAAGGCCAAUCCGAAGGGCAGCAACAAGCAAAGCUGACGUUCGACCAGGGCGUUGCCAACAUCAAAGAUCAUCAAAGCGGACAUCAGGACUUCCGAGGAAGCCAAGCCGAAGAUGGAUCAAGCAUACAAAGAAACACACAAUAA